AUGAGCACUGAGCUCAACGUGCCUGUGGACUCCUCCACUUCUGCCUGCUCUGAGCCCUGCCACAAGGGCAUGGAUUACCGGGACUGGGUCCGCCGCAGCUAUCUGGAACUGGUCACCUCCAACCACCACUCGGUGCAGGCCCUGUCCUGGAGGAAGCUCUAUCUGAGCAGGGCCAAGCUGAAGGCCUCCAGCAGGACCUCAGCCCUCCUCUCAGGCUUCGCCAUGGUGGCCAUGGUGGAGGUGCAGCUGGAGACGCAGUACCAGUACCCGCGGCCUCUGCUUAUCGCCUUCAGCGCCUGCACCACGGUGCUGGUGGCCGUGCACCUGUUUGCACUGCUCAUCAGCACGUGCAUCCUGCCCAACGUGGAGGCCGUGAGCAACAUCCACAACCUCAACUCCAUCAGCGAGUCGCCGCAUGAGCGCAUGCACCCCUACAUUGAGCUGGCCUGGGGCUUCUCCACUGUGCUCGGCAUCCUGCUCUUCCUGGCUGAGGUGGUGCUGCUCUGCUGGAUCAAGUUCCUCCCUGUGGACGCCAGGCACCAGCCCGGCUCCCUGCCUGGCCCUGGUGGUCACACGGGCUGGCAGGCGGCCCUGGUGUCCACCAUCAUCAUGGUGCCCGUGGGCCUCAUCUUCGUGGUCUUCACCAUCCACUUCUACCGCUCACUGGUGCGCCACAAAACCGAGCGCCACAACCGCGAGAUCGAGGAGCUGCACAAGCUCAAGGUGCAGCUGGACGGGCACGAGCGCAGCCUGCAGGUGGUGUGA